UUAUAAGUAGAUGUUCCAACGAAAGAGGUUUCUGAUUAAAGAAUUUCUCUGUAUAAGCAUUCAAGUAUUGUGAAAGCGACUUUGUGGUUGAUUGCUUGUAUAAAAUUUCAACGAUGGCAACCUCUCCGAUUGAUAUUCUUCAUACUUCAAUGCCUCCAGUCUUGAAAGCUCCAAAUGAUACCAAUGGAGUGGCAGACUACAAGCCCAAGACCAACGGUUUCCAUUCUACUACAGACGCGGACAAUAAAUCAUUCGCCCAUCUAUAUACCAAUGGAGAAACUUCCAAUGGAGUUAAGUGUGCACCCCGUGCAGUUGCAAUAUGCGGGAUGGCUAUGCGACUUCCAGGAGGUAUUAGAGACAGUGAAACUUUCUGGGAUGUGCUAGUCAAUGGGAAAGACACUAGGGGACCAAUACCGCCAGAUAGGUACAAUUCUGAUGGAUUUACUGACAAGAUGGGCAAAAAAGGUGCUAUCAAGACGAAGUUCGGAUAUUUUCUUGACGAAGAUCUCACAGCUCUAGAUACUUCAUUCUUCACAAUGAGUAAGAAGGAACUGGAGCGCACUGAUCCCCAACAGCGCCAGAUACUCGAGGUUACUCGGGAAGCUCUAGAGAAUUCGGGAGAGAUUGGAUAUCGUGGCAAAUCCAUCGGUUGCUACGUUGGUAAUUUUGCAGAGGAUUGGCUUCAGAUGAGCGCCAAGGAAUCGCAACAUUCCGGUGGAUACAUAAUGACUGGACAUGGUAUGACCAAUUCCGCCCCAAAAGUUGUCGUGAAGUGAAAAUCAGAGCUCGCAAGGAGAUAUUUAUACUGAUAAAUCUACAGGUGAUCUUAUGCUCGCAAAUCGUGUUUCAUAUGAGUAUGACUUGAAGGGUCCAAGGUGCGUGAAAGGCUCGGCCAUCGAGAUUUAUCAUCAGCUUUGCUAAUACAAAUUUGCCAUUAGUAUGGUGAUUAAGACAGGGUGUUCUGCUUCACUAGUCGGUUUGCACGAAGCUUGCAGAGCGCUACAAAAUGGCGACUGCACAGGUGCAAUUGUUGCUGGAGCAAAUAUGAUCAUGGGGCCUGCGACAACGGCAGCAAUGACAGAGGAAGGUAUCUUAUCACCUGAAGGAUCUUGCAAAACCUUCGAUGUGGCAGCUGAUGGCUAUGCACGUGGUGAUGCUGUUACUGCUAUAUAUAUAAAGCUUUUGGAUGACGCUAUUCGAGACAAUAACCCAGUUCGCGCAAUUAUCCGUAACACGGGGACCAAUAGUGAUGGAAAAAGUCAGGGCUUGAUGACCCCCAAUCCAAAAAGUCAGGAAGCGUUAAUUCGUAAAGUUUAUGAGGAUGCAUUGCUCAAUCCAUCCGACACAGCAUUUGUUGAGGUACAACGUCUAACAUCCCUGAAAACAUUAGUGAUAAAGUAGAAGCUGACAAUUGCUCGCUAUAACAGUGCCAUGGAACUGGAACUCCGACUGGUGAUCCGAUCGAGGCUGGAGCGGUGGGGAAUGUGUUUGGUACCCGAGGAGUUUACAUAGGUUCCGUUAGUACCAAACCAAAGCAUUAUCAAAGGGAUUCCCACUAAAGUUGAUAGGUCAAACCUAACGUAGGACAUUCUGAAGGUGCUUCUGGAAUGACCAGUCUAAUCAAAGCGGUUCUCGCUUUGGAGCAUGACACUAUUCCUCCCAAUAUCAAAUUCAACAAUCCCAACCCAAAAAGUACGUAUAAAUCGAAUCUUGCCGCAGCUUGAAGCAACUGAAACUCAUUUCAACUGCAAUAACCAUUGCGAGUCUAGCUUUAACAUAUUACAGUUCAAUUCGAAGCGAAGAAGCUUGUAGUACCUGUCAAAGCGAUAUCGUGGCCAAAAGAUCGAGCGAAAAGAAUCAGUAUAAACUCCUUCGGUAUUGGCGGUUCCAAUGCUCAUGUGAGUAGUCGAGAUCCAUUCAAAUUUGGGGAUUUCCAUCUGUUAAUAUCAGCUGUGUUAUACAAAACAUUUGAAAGAGUCCGACACUAAUUAAUUACAGGUUGUGCUUGACGGGUCAACUGAGUCUUCAGUUACUAAUCAUUCCCACAUUCAAAACGGGAAGAAUGACCACGGGGCAUAUAUUGCCCUUCUCUCCGCAAACUCACAGGAUUCGCUUCACAGAUAUAACGAAAGCCUCGAGGAGUACAUAUCACAAGAUUCUGGUGACAGUUUAAACCUGGCAUACACUUUGGCCCUCCACAGGGAGCAUUUGCCAUACCGUUGUUUCAAACUGAUCGGCGAUGGUAACUCGAUUACCGAAACAUCAGCUAGUGUCAAGGUUCCUACCACCAUCCCGGAGAUCAUCAUGGUCUUCAGCGGGCAAGGAGCGCAAUGGCCAGAAAUGGGCAAAGAUAUUCUUCUGAAAGACAAUGAGUUCCGUAAAGAUAUUGCAAAAAUGGAUCAGAUUCUCCAAUCGUUGAUUCAUCCUCCAUCAUGGACACUCGAUGGUAAGGCUCGCUCCAGGUCUCAAAGCUUCUUUACCACUUCCAAAUCGUGUAUGACACCAGCUAAUUCCUGUUUGUAUUGCAAUAGCGGAGCUCCAAGCUCCACCUAGCUCAAGUCAAAUUCAUCGGGCCGAACUGGCUCAACCUCUGUGCACCGCGGUGCAAAUUGCACUUGUCCGAAAGCUCAAACGCAACGGAGUUGAGCCAGGUGCCGUCGUUGGCCAUUCUAGCGGAGAGAUUGCGGCAGCGUAUGCAAGCGGAGCAAUAUCUCUGGCCGAAGCCAUCAUAUCCGCCUACUAUCGUGGCUUUGUGACCAAGGAACAAAAGCGAAUUGGCGGUAUGGGAGCUGUUGGACUUGGGGUUGAUGCUGCUUCAAAGUACCUCAAAGAUGGUGUGAUAAUUGCGUGCGACAACAGUCCCAGUAGUGUGACACUCUCAGGAGACGUCGAUACACUUGAUGAGGUGUUCGCAACCAUCAGAGGAGAUAAUCCUGAUGUUCUUGCGAGACGACUGAAAGUUGAUAUGGCGUAUCAUUCUGGUGAGCUAUUUUUCCUUCUAGAUCCAUUGUCCUUGGUUCAAAUUGCUGUCUCACACUUUGAUCCCAAUCAUAUGCUGAAAAUAAAUCAAUAGAUCACAUGAAGCUUUUAGGCUCGAACUACCACAAGUUACUGGUGGAUGAACUACAAAAACAAGAACUGACACGUCAAAAUCCCAAAACUUCCUUCUUCUCUUCGGUAGUGGAAAAGGAGAUCACGAAUAGUGCAGAGCUUGGCCCAGAGUAUUGGGUUGCCAAUCUCACAUCCAUGGUACGCUUCAACUCGGCAAUUUCUCGCCUACAGGUAGAAAGACCAAACGGCUUGUUCCUUGAAGUUGGCCCUCACUCAACACUCUCAGGCCCUUUGCGGCAGAUUUCCGCAGUGGGCGGGUCUGAAUUUCGAUACGUCCCGACAAUGCUUCGUGGUAAAUCUUGUACCGACACCUUUCUUUCAGCACUGGGUCAGUUAUACCAAAAUGGCAUUACUGUUAAUUGGAAUACUGUAGUCACCACUGGAAAGGUGCUCACGAACUUGCCUCGAUAUGCUUGGGAUCAUACAGGGUCAUUUUGGUAUGAGCCUCGUGUAUCCAAAGAGUGGCGUUUCCGCCAAUUUGGGCACCAUCGCCUUUUGGGCCUUCGGAUACCCGAAAGCUCAAGUUUGGAACCGCUAUGGCGAAACAUGUUGACAAUAGAAGAUGAGCCAUGGUUGGGAGACCAUAGAAUUCGAUCCGACGUGGUAUUUCCUUUUGCCGGCUACAUUGCCAUGGCCGGAGAGGCUGUAAGACAACUGACGGGUAUAGAGGCAGGGUACAGGGUCAAGCACGCGGUUGCUCAGUCUGCACUUGUGAUACAAGAAUCACAGUCUGUUGAAGUACUGACAAGCUUAAGAUUAGUGAAGUUGGGAGAUUUGACUGAUUCAAGUUGGUUCGAAUUUCGGAUCUCGUCCUUCAACGGCUCAACAUGGGUUAAGCAUUGCGAAGGGCAAAUCAGAGCUUGUACAGAGCCUGUGUUACCAUCCCGUCAGAUUCAAAAUGAGCUUUUACCUCGAAAGAUCAUUUCAUCGCAAUGGUACCAAGCUAUGGACAAAAUUGGAGUCGUCUAUGGGCCCAAUUUUCAAGCCUUACAAGAUGUUGUAUCAUCAACCAAAGAAAACUUGGCUGCGGCAAAAAUCGCCCACGAGGAUCACAAUGAAGAUCCAGCGUUCCUUCUACAUCCAGUGGCUAUCGACAACUGUUUACAACUCCUCUUGGUUGCAUUGGCAAAGGGGAUUGGUCGGAAUUUUGGUGAUCUCCGAAUGCCAACAAUAAUCGAAGACUUAUAUAUCUCCAACGGCGCGGCUCAGAUGGACGCCAUAGCAUGGAGCAAAGGCUUCGAAGACCUUACAGUCGAGUGCAUAGCUGAUGGAAGGUUAGCACUCCAGCUAAAGGGUCUCAAAUUAACUCCCAUGGAUAAUGAACGCUCAUCAAAAGAUGAAUCACAUGCAGCUGCACGACUAGAGUGGCUACCGGAUUUUGACAUGAUUGAUCAUGCACCACUGUUCACCCCACCACCAUCGGUCGCCCUGGAGACACGAAUGCAAGAAGAGAUGACACUGCUAUGUAUACUGGAGUCUGCUGAGAUAAUAAAAGGUGUUAAGCCUUGUCAAGAGCAUUUUUCCAAGUUCCGUGACUGGUUAGACCUCGAAAUAGACAGGGCCAAGCAAGGUACUUAUCCGCUGCUCGAGAAGGAAAGUAUAGCUUUCGUUACACUUCCAUCAACAACCCGCAAAAGCAUGAUCGAAGAGAGGUACCAGAAGCUGCUUGGGUUACAGAAGAGUUCGGUGGCAAUCGGGAUCAAGCGAAUAUAUGACAACAUGGAGGCAAUCUUCUCUGGCAGCCGCGAUACGCUUGAUAUUUUGAUGCAGGACGAUGUACUGACGGAAAUUUACAACGCUGUGAGUUUUGGCAAAGGUGACUUCUUUCGUCUGAUGGCGCAUACACGACCCAACUUGCGCAUUCUUGAGGUUGGUGCUGGAACUGGAGGAACUACCGAAAUGAUCUUGCGGAACUUGAUCAGACCUGGUGGUCACCCUCCAUAUUCUCUAUACACUUUUACCGAUAUCUCAGCAGGCUUCUUUACACAAGGAAAGGAGCGAUUUUCGUACGCACCGAAUAUGGACUAUAAAGUAUUCGAUAUUUCACAGUCGCCGAUAAAGCAAGGAUUUGAAGCAGAAAGCUAUGACGUUGUACUUGCUCCAAAUGUCAUCCACGCCACACCAUCACUAAAUGAAACACUUAUGAAUUUGCAGCUGCUGUUAAAACCUGGGGGAUUGCUCGUGUUGACAGAACUAUGUGCUGUUGUGCGAACUCCUAAUUAUAUAUUUGGCAACUUCUCCGGAUGGUGGCUUGGUGAGGAAGACGGAAGACCCCAAGAACCAUAUGUUUCUGUUGAACGCUGGGACGAAGAAUUGAAGCGAACUGGCUUCUCAGGGGUUGAUACAGCAGUUCGGGAUGCAGAAGAGCCGUAUCAUUACUGUGCAGCGAUUGUUUCUCGAAAGUUGGGCCGAGAAGGAGAAGCAUCAGAUAUUGGCGACGUCCGUCCAGUGACUAUUAUUUGUGAAGAUUCACAGCAGGAACUCAGUCAACGUUUACUUGAGGAUAUUCAACCCCCGGGAACGACAGGCACUAUAUGUCAAGUAGAGGAGCUACCACCAGCAGACCAAGAUCUCAUCAUUUUGGUCGAUUUAGCAAAGCCUUUCUUCGAAUGCGUUACGGAAAGUCGAUUCUCUGCCUUCCAAGCCAUAUUAAAUAAUCACAAGAGUGGACGCAUCCUAUGGGUGACGAAUCUCUCCCAAGUAAAGUCUAAAAACCCUAGGUCAGCUCAAGUUAUCGGCAUAGCACGUUCAAUCCGAGCCGAGUCCGCAAUACCGUUUUAUACCUUGGAAAUUGAUAGCAACGAACCUAACUUUUCAAGCUUGGUGAAGGAUGUUUUAGACAAAAUUCGCCGUUGCAAGGAUGCGGAAGUACUUGCACCCGACAAGGAGUAUGUUGUUGAUGAAGGUGUUGUCAAGAUCGGUCGCUACCAGACCUUUUCUGUUGACCAGGACAGACUUGUGCAGCCAAGUAGUAUUGGAAGUUCGGUAGUCAAAAGUCUUGAAAUUUCCCUACCAGGAUCUCUGGACUCACUGUCGUGGAAACAAGAAGCCGGGUCUGAGAUUAUGGAGUCUGACAAGGUAGAAAUUGAGAAUCGUGCGGUUGGAAUUAAUUUCAAGGUAAGUCAGCCACCCAGUUGAGCGUGGAUAUAUUACAAGUUUUCUUCAACUAACAAUUUGUGUGCAGGAUGUGCUUUAUGCAAUGGGUGUUCUCAAAACUGGAACAGAAAGCGCUCCAUUAGGUCUAGAGGUGGCUGGAAUUGUGCGCCGGGUCGGAUCGGCGGUUUCAAACCUAGCCGUGGGUGAUCGUGUUUUCGCUAUGCCCCCAGAUGCCUGCUUCAAGACGCUAGUAACUGUGCCCCAAUCGUUGGUCGCAAGAAUCCCAUCCAAUUUAAGCUUCGAAGAGGCGGCCACAAUGCCAAUAGUUUAUACGACUGUCAUCGAAUGUCUAAUUAACAUUGGAAUGCUGGAAAAAGGACAGGUGAGAUUACAAUCCUCUCGAGGGUGUGGGCUUGGACCGCUAUUCUUCUUUGUCGCACCGUCUUUGGUAUUCCACUGCUAAUCCGCAACAGUCUGUUUUGAUACAUUCCGCGGCCGGAGGUGUUGGACACGCCGCAAUCAACGUUUGUCGAAUGUUAGAGGCCGAGGUAAGAGUUGACCAAUUUUUGGUAGUUUGGUUCGUUUUUACUGACAUCGACGCACUAUCAGAUAUACUGUACUGUGGGCAACGAUGAUAAAGUACGGUAUCUUAUGGAGAAGUUUGACAUCCCACGUCAUCGUAUCUUCAAUUCUCGAAAUGAUAGCUUCGCCAAAGAUCUCAUGCUUGAGACUGACGGCCGAGGCGUCGAUCUCGUACUGAACUCCCUCUCCGGAGAGCUAUUGCAUGCUUCUUGGAAUUGUGUUGCAGAAUUCGGCAAGAUGAUUGAAAUUGGAAAGAAAGACAUGCUCGAUUUCGGAAAGCUCCAAAUGAACAACUUUAUGCAGAACCGAUCCUAUUGUUGUGUAGACAUGACACAUCUGGCGCAAAAGAAACCGCAACGAGCAGGAGCGUAAGUUUUCCUAUGUUAAUUUCCUUCCACCCCCAGCACUAAAUACACAAAAUAAACGACCAUUGCAAAUCUUUCUAACACUCUGAUACUAUUAGAAUACUGAGGAAGUGUGUUGAGCUUUUUGAAGCCGGUCACAUUCCACCCAUUCGUCCCAUUUCCGUAUUUGAAGCCUCCAAUGUAAGAGACGCGUUCGGGCAGAUAAAAGAUGGUACACACAUCGGCAAGGUUGUUGUAUCCAUACCUCAGGAUACCUCCAGACUAGAAGUAGCACCACGACGCAUGCCACUUCACUUGGAUGGUGACGCUUCGUACUUAUUGACAGGAGGUCUAGGAGGACUUGGAAAACCUAUUGCCACUUGGCUAGUCGAACACGGGGCACGAUCUUUAAUAUUCAUCUCCAGAAGUGCGGGGAAGAAGGUUGAAGAUCAAGAAUUCUUCCGUGAACUUGAAAGCUCUGGUUGCUCGGUCAGCACAGUUGCCGGGUUUGUUGAGUCUAUGGAGGAUGUACAGAAAGCGAUCGGUUUAGCGCCACGGCGAAUCGCUGGAGUAAUCCAUCUUGCCAUGAUCCUUCGUGUAUGUUUUAAAUUUCUUCUAGCACUGCUAGCAUCCCCUUCGGGGUAUCCUUAUACAUUUCGAGAAGUUCAAUUCGACUGACACAUUUACAGGACGCGCCUAUCGCAAGUAUGAAUUACUCGGAUUGGCUAGCAGCGAACGCCCCCAAGGUAACUGGAGCAUGGAAUCUUCAUGAAGGUCUCAAAAAUCAGUCGCUGGACUUUUUCAUCUUGGCUAGUUCACUGGUGACUAUUGUUGAACAACCUGGUCAAGGCAACUACAGUGGUGCGAACACCUUCCUAGAAGCGUUUUGCCAGUAUAGAAAUUCCCUUUCAUUACCGGCAUCCGUGUUGAAUAUUUGUCCUAUCGAAGAUGUAGGGUUCGUUGCAGAAAAUGCUUUUGCGAAGAAGAAUAUGAAAGCUCAAGGGCUGUAUUUCCUGGGCGAGUCCGAGCUCUUAGAUUUUAUGGAACUGGCUGUUCUCAGAUCGCUUCCGGCAUCCAACCAAGCCAACAACAAUUCGACGCCUUGGAUAAACACUAGUCAGCUGGUGAUGGGAUUGCAUUCCGAAGGUAACCUCAACGACCCCAACACACGGACAAAUUGGCGUCGGGAUCGACGAAUGGGCUUUUACCAUAACAUCAGCGAACAUAUCCUAGGCGAAGAGGACAGUUCAAACGAGUUACAGACGUUUCUUUCGAAAGCUGCUGAUGAUCCAGAGAUACUGAAUGAAGCUCAAAGUGCCCGAUACCUUGCUCGCGAGAUCGGUAUGAAGGUUUAUAGUUUCUUAAUGAAACCCGCGGACGACUUGGAUACUUCGUUAAGUCUAACCCAGAUCGGAUUGGAUUCACUCAUGGCUAUCGAGUUGCGCCGGUGGUGGAAGCAGACAUUUGGAAUGGAGAUAAGUGUUCUGGAGAUAAUGGCAACUGGAACCUUAGAUGCCUUGGGGGUGACAGCAGCAGAAAGUUUGAAAGCCAAAUUAUCAGGCUAAGACAUCUUCAAGUAUUUAAAUUCAAUGUAAUGUAGAAAGAGAUUUGAAUAGAAGAAAGUAUAGAAUUUUUGGUGUUUACAGUCAAAUCCUUACAAUUGCGUGAUCCUGUCGAUGG